AUGAAGUUAUUGUCAGCACUUCUUUUCGCCGUCGCGGCCUCGUCCGUGCAGGCCAACAUCUUUUCGGACCGUCUGCUGGCCGAAAAGAGUCGUGCCAUCCAUUUGAAACUCGACACGAAACCAAGUAGUUUGGCUUCCGCUCAAGAGGUUGUCACUGAGCACUUCUUCAACCAGACCGUCAACCACUUUGGCGAGGUGAAGGGCAACGAAACCUACCCACAGUACUACGUCGUGAACGCCAACCACUACAAACCUGGUGGCCCGCUUGUCUUGGAUCUUGGUGGUGAAUGGACGGUGACGCCCGGAAGCGAAAGGCAGGGUUUGCAGCACGACUUCAUCGCCAAGUACAAUGGUUUGCUUGUUGGUCUUGAACAUAGGUUUUACGGGCAGUCCUAUCCCUCCCAAGAUCCCAAGGACCUCUGGCUCUUGACGGUCGAGCAGGCAUUGGCUGAUGCUAACAACUUCGUGAAGACCCAGGAUUUCAAGGCUGGGAACGUAACAGUCAAGGCUGGAAGCAAGUGGGUCGCCUGGGGAGGCUCUUACUCUGCCAACUUGGCUGCUUGGGCCAGGUUGAAGUAUCCCCAGUCGUUCUGGGCCGCGCAUGCUGCUUCCGGCCCCGUGUAUGCCAAAAUGGAUUUCCAGGAGUACGCGUACUCGGUCGAUGUUGGUAUUCCUCAAAUCGGAGGCUCGCAGGCCUGCGUGGCUGGUCUCAAGCAGGCUACCGCUGCUCUUGAUAAGAUCCUUCUGAAGGGCAACAAGAAGCAGAUCAAGGAUCUCCAAGCCCUGUUCAGCCUUUCUGGUGUCAAAUACCCCUCUGACUUUGCGUCCUGGUCGACAACGUUCCUUGCGUCCAGCAUUCAGUACGGACCCAAGUCCUCUUUGGUUAACAACCAGCUUGCCAUUGACUAUUAUUGCAACAACUCUGUCAUCACCUCCUCCAAGUUGUCGGCCAAUGACAAGCUCCAUGCACUCGCGUCCAUCGUCGGCAAUGCUACCUUGGAGUAUUUCGGAGGUGAUAUGGAGGCUGCCUACAGCACCAUCAACACGCCCGUUGGCCCCCCGACUAUGUCCGAGACCACGUCCUGGUUGUGGCAAGUUUGCACAGAAUUCGGAUACUGGCAAAUCUCUCUGCCCUACGCACCGUCGACCUACUCCAAGCUGCUCACCGACCCGUACUUCUCAUGGCAAUGCAAGCAGAUCUUCAAGGGGGUUAAGGUAAUCGACCCUAACACUGGUCGCGCAGUUGACUCUCACCGCCCCAACACCGACAAGAUCAACAAGAACUAUUUCGGUACCGACAUCAUCAAGCAUACCGACCACAUCGUGUUCGCGAACGGACAAAUCGACCCGUGGCACACUCUCAGCGUCCUGAAGGGCACCGGCGAAUCCAUUAAGAAAAACGUCGUCGUUCAGCACUUCGGCUACCACUGCGACGAAUUCUCGGGAUCUCAAAGCCAGGCUGCGUGGAGGGGUCAAUUGCUGGCCUUCUGGGACAAGUGGUGGGCCGAGUUCAAGGGCAAGCAGGGCGGCUACCAGGCCCGUGCUGCGCGCAUCCGUUAG